AUGCUGCCAUGCUCUGCGAUGCUCUUCCUGUGGCUUUGCUUGACAAAGAUUCAGCUGGCCAUCACUCGGCCGAGUCCCUACACGUGGGUGCCACAGAAGCGGGAGGCGGAGUUCGGCCCCAUCUACGCGCACACGGCGCUCAUGAACUUCCGUCAGGAGAUCUUCCUCAUCGCCGGAGCACGCCACGAAGGCAACCUCUCAGAUGAAGUGUGGCGGAGUGAUGACAAGGGGAAGACAUGGCAGUUCCUGGUACCACGCUCGAAGCGCUUCAAUGCCAGGCGCGGUCAUGCCUCAGUGGUCGACCAUGAAGGAGUGAUCUUCUUCGUCAUGGGUGGCUUCCAUGGAAACUCCGAGGUGGGCAAUGAUUGUUGGAGCAGCGAGGAUGGUGCGGUGUGGCACUUCUUGGGUCAUGCGCCCUGGAGCGGCCGUCAUGGCCAUGCUGCAGUCAUCACUUCGAAGAGUUGGAUCGUGGUGCUGGGAGGUCAUGACAACCGGAAGUAUCUCAAUGAUGUUUGGAAGAUCCACCACAUCGCGCAGCCGGACACUGGGCAGGGCUACCUGCGAGCCAAAUGGGUGGAGGUGGCGCCUGGCGGCGCGCCCUGGACCGCGCGCUACGGUCACACGACCUUGGUGGACUCCGAGGACCGGAUCUUCCUGUUGGGAGGCUUCUUCGCGGAGAAGGAGACGGGGCGAGUUCACUGCUUCAACGACGUUUGGCGUUCGGAGGAUAUUGGUGCGACCUGGCACUUGGUGGGCCAUGCGCCAUGGGCUGGAAGGUACCAACAUGCUGCAGUCAUUUCCUCACAAGGGAUGUUUGUCAUAGGAGGCCUCUCGGUGGACCUGGAGCGCUUGGGAGACGUUUGGCGCUCCGAAGACCAAGGCCGCUCCUGGCGUGAAGUCACCCCAGUGGCCGCAUGGCCUGCGCGCUACGAGCACGCGGCUGUCGUCGACCGAAAUGGCACCAUGUACGUGCUCGGCGGCAUCUCCAAGACGUCCGAGCUCUUCGCCGAUGUGUGGCACUCCGCACGGACAUGCUCUGACCAUGUGGACUGCUCGGGCGACACGCCUGUUUGCCGCGAUGGUACCUCCGAACACUUUGAAGGCGCCACGCGGCCGGUCUGCGUGGGGAUCUGCGAUCGGCGGAUCUUCGACGACUGCGGAGCGAAGGAGGAUUGCAAAGUGCAGCAUGGCAAGCCAACCUGUGUGGAUCCCUGUGAUGACAAGGACUGUGAGAAGGAGCAGGUCUGUGAGGUGGCACCCCGAGACCAGGUCUUUCGCAAGAAGAUGCUGCACAGCGCGACGGCCUACUGCCUCUCCUGCAGCGUGGCCCAAACGAAGGCCUCGUGUGGAGAGCUGCGGCAGUGCCAGUGGAGCACCAAGGACGAGGUGUUUGACCCCGUGUCUCGCUGCGCACAGGUGCUCAGUGAUGGACAGGGCCCGGUGCAAAGGCCUCCGUUGAGCAGCAUCGGAGGCGAAGAUUGGGACCUGGAUUUGCCUCCUCGGCAGGCGGUCUCACGACUGGUGGCAGGUGCGAUGCGAGAGGGCCGACGAGGUGAAGGACGGCGCUCGCAAAGCCCUCAUCCAGGAGGCACCAAUGAGGCAGCUCCUCCAGUGCCCUUCCAACGUUUGGAGCGGAAUGCCAAGCGCCGGCAGAUGCAGCAAGCGAUGCGCAGCACCGGCUUCAAAGAAGGGAAAGACGGCUUCAAGCGUGCCACCACGGCUCGGAUGCAGCUGGCACAUCAGCUGCGGCACAUGGGUUUCUCUGCUUCCACCGACAAGGCUCUACAGGAGCCAGUGUCAGACGAUUUUGGCCUCCCACAGGCGGCAGCCUGGGCCUUGGCCAAGUCGGCGCCGGCGGCGAAGGCCUUCUGCGAGGCCUUGAGUAAGGGCACCUUGCGCCCGCGCACUCUGAAGGCCAUGUUCGUCGGACAGGGCCGGGCAGGGAAGACCUCCACCCUGAAAGCCUUGACGGGUCAAAGGUUUCAAGAGCAAGAGCCUUCCACUCAUGGCCUGAGUACUGCCACACCUUUGGUGCAAACCGAGGCCGUCCUGGACGUGCAGUCCUCCUUCGUAAGCCAAUGGCAGCUCGUGGACCGAAGCGAGCACGAGAUUCAUGGGGCGGAGCUGGAGAAGACCUGCGCCGCCUACGUCGCCGAGCGCCUGGCCCAGCGCCGAGCGCCGCUGGCCGCCGCGGCCGCGCCCUCGCCGGACGGCGAGAGACCGGAGGGUGGCGACGCAGGGGAGGAGGAGGAGCAAGAAAAGUUGGAGUUGGCAACUAGGAAGAUGCGAGUGGAUUUAGUGGCCAAGAUGAUUCAGGGUGAAGAGGAAUCAGAGCCUCCAGUGAUGCUGAAGACGUGGGACUUUGGCGGGCAACGCGAGUACUACGUGAUGCACCACCUCUUCUUGACGAAUCGGGGGUUCUACAUCGUGGUCACCAGACUGGAUGCCUGGCUGAACGGCCCCUUGGACGAUGACGCCGGCCACUUGCGCUUUGGACAGGAGGACGACGGAGCCUUCGAGCCACCGCUUGAUGCGUUGACGUUUUGGCUGUCAUCCAUCCACGUCCAUGCGCCCGAUGCUUUGGUGUUCAUCGUGGGCAGCCAUGCAGAUGUGGUCGCCAACCAUCCCGAUGCCGAG